UAAGAAUGGAGCACAGCUGAUUCAAUCUGUAAGUUUCUUAAAACUUUUGAAGAGGCUACAAAAGCAAUAUCGGCUCAUAGGAAACCAACUUCAUACAUGUUCUUGCCUUUAAUUGUUUCAAUUUGGGAUGCCUUGGAUAACCCUUCUUGGCAGACAAGUGUGACACUACAAGGCCUGGCUGCAGCCAUGAGGAUCAAGUUUGAAAAGUAUUGGGGUAGAGAUUUUGAUGAGUCAAACCAGCCUAUUGCUCGCAGAAAUAAAAAGGAUUAUGAUGUCAACCUUGGAAUUGUUAUGGCAGCAAUGUUAGAUCCGAGGGGAAAAGCAGAAUAUGCAGAGUUCUUCUACCAGAAGAUUUGUAGCAAUAUAGAUCGGAUUGAUUCAAGUGUUGAUGCUGCUCUAGUUUGGAUGAAAAAAUACUUCCUGGAGUAUGAGCAACGCUUGAGGAGAGUUAAUGCAUACUCUGUUACAUAUUCAAGUGAGGGCAGCAUUUGUGUGGGCUCACUGGUGCUUGCGAAAAGGCAGCUAGGAUCAGAAUUUGCAAACUUCAAGUCAAGUCGGAGAAAGACUCGUCCACCAAAAUCUGAAUUUGAUAUCUACUUUGAAGAAGAUUGUGUGGAAGACAUUGAAAACUUUGACAUUUUGGCUUGGUGGAAGGCACAUGCUGAGAAGUUCCCGAUCUUAUCAGUUAUGGCACGUGAUUUCCUCGCCAUUCCUCUUAGUACCGUUUCUUCCGAAUCAGCCUUUAGUCUUAGAGGUAGGAUUCUUGGGGAGUCAAGAAGCUCACUAACUCCAAAGAUGUUAGAAGCCCUUGUGUGUGGGAAAGACUGGUUAUUCAAGGAAAAAGAUGCAGACAAUGAAGGUCAACAAAUUAGUGAAGAUCAGACUAGUGAAAUGGUCACCUUUGUCACUCCAUCAGCUAAUGGAGAGCUCAUCAGGGUGAUGCUUAUUGCUUAUUCUGGUUUUAAUUUGGCCACGCUCUGCUGCUGCUGCGUGCUGGAGGAAUGCUGUGGCCUCUUCUGA